GUGAGAAUCUCAGUCUCCCAGUGUUUUUCUAAAUAAACACUAUAUUGCAGGUUGGAAAAAGUGUUUAACUUCUCCAAAGAUGACUUUGUGCCGAAAAAGGAUGCUCAGAUGGAGCUCGUUCACAUCAGCGGAGACCAGCGUCUGAAAUCGGCGAAGGAGAGCACUAGAGAAAACCAAUCCGCCAUGCAGAGGGAGCUGGACACUCGUAGACUGAAGGCGUCCAGAAACACGGCCUCAUCCGGUGAAUCUGCCGCCCCGGUGCAGGUCAAACAGGAGCCCAUGAGUGACUCUGAAGAGCCCAUGGACACGUCAGGCCCGCUCACUAACGGCUCGCUCAACGGUUACCCCAACUCUACCUCUCCGGCCUCGGACCCUCAUAACGGACACGCUCACGCCUUCACCCCGGAGCUCCAGGACUUUGUGCGGAGCACCUUCCGGAAGCGCUAUGUUUUGUGCCUGAGUGAAGUGAAGAGGCUGUUUAACCUGCAUCUGGCCAGUUUACCCACGGGGCACUCGGUGUACGGCCACGUGACGGACCGCAUGCUGCAGGAGACCAUCCUCCAGAGCCAGUGCAGACAGAUCCUGGUGCCUGUAAGUACUGUGGUGGAUGAUGGGCAGUUUUAGUGCACCACAUAGUGCUUUGUUAUAAAUCGAUUUAAAAUAUGCAUUUGGAAAACAAGUAUAGAUGCACUGAUAUUAAUAUUAAUUA